AUGGCCAGACGAACCGGUGUAGGCUACACCUCGCUGCAACGACACCUCGAUUCGCAGUCCCACUACAGUAAGCUUCCUUAUCUUCUCUCUCUCUCUCUCUCUCUCUCUCUCUCUCUCUCUCUCUCUCCCCGCCCCUUUCCGGGCGUCCACUAAGCCCCUAUCUCAUCUGCAGGCACGCUCUCGACCACGCUCCUCAGCUCCCAGGCCCAAUCUCUCCAAGCCCAACUACAAACGUUCACCACCGCUCUCGCGUCCUUCUCGACGACCCAUCGAGCUCGCAUCCUCUCCUCCCCGACCUUCCGCUCCGAAUUCACUCGUCUCUGCGCCGAGUUGGGCUUGGACCCUUUAGGCGGUGGCAAGAAGAAGCUCUGGGAUCGGCUAGGUUUGGGCGAAUGGUAUGUGGCUUUGGGCGUGCAGGUCGUGGACGUUUGUUUGGGCUUGAGGGACGCGACCGGUGGAUUGGUCAGCGUUGAAGUUGUCUUACGGGCGGUCAGAAAGUUGAGGAACGGCGGAAUGGACGAUCGAACGGAACAAGUCACCGUCGGAGAUUUGGAAAAGGCCAUCCAAGUGUUGGGACCUUUGGGUUGUGGGUACAAGGUCGUUUCGUCGAACGGAGUCGAGAAUCACUCCGACGCUGGCGCAAAAUCUUCGGCCUCGGCCUCGGCGAACUCGAACGCGAUCAUCAAGUUGGUGCAAUGUCGACCCCAAGCACUCGAUACGGAUUCGUUCGUCGUUGUACAACUCGCGACGGAGAAAGGUUACCUCACGGUAGAGGAUCUGGCUAGGAUCAAGAUGGGCGAAGGGUGGGGGGCCGAGAGGUGCGAGAGGGCGCUCAUCAAGGGCGUCGAGAGUGGGCUCUGUUGGGUCGACGAUGGUGGGGAGGGGGAGGGGGAGAAGAGGUACUAUGUUGCUGGCCUGUGGGCGUUCUGA